UAGGUCCACGGCUGUCCUAACUCACGCUCUAGCUGAAUUACUCGACAUGGAAAAGAAAUUGCGAGGAUUUUAAGUAUUUUUAUAGUUUAUUAUCGUCAAUAAAGUUUUAUUCUGUGUGAGGAGUAUUAUUCAGAUGUAGUAGUGGUGAAAAUUGGUGAAUGAUGGUUAGGAUGGUUUCGAUGUCGUUGAACCUGACCGUGUGACAUACAGUUUUCGCGUUGGAAAUAUGUAAACAUGAACGAUAUAAGUGUAAAAAUAGUGGAAUCUCCUAAGGAGGUGGUGGUAGAGAGUGCUCCGCCGACAGAGAAUGUUGUAAACGAUGAAGACCCACUGGCGAUUGAUGAGGCAAGUGGGCGGGUGAAUGAGGCCGAGACGCCGGUCGCAGAAAGGGCGGGAACCUGUGAUGAAAAUGCCAAAGAUGAGAGUGAAUUUGAGACCCCGAAGGAGAAUAGUGUUAAGUCAAUAACUCUCCAAUCUGAGAUAAUAAAAGAAGAUUUGCUGGAAGACGAUGCUGGUUCUAUAAACAAUAAAGUUGAAGACUCUGACACCUCGAAAACUCUGAAUGAUGAAAGGUCAUCCAAAUUCCUUACGCCUGAUGUGAAUGUUCCCAUUCCUGAUUUAGAUACUUCUCCUGAAACCUUGGAUGAACCUGAACAAUGUUCUGUUGAAGAAUCAUUUGCAGAAACAUCUAUUUAUAUUGCAGAAAUUACAGAAUCAAAGUCUGUAGAAAAAGAGCCUAAUUCCUUAAAAGAAGUAGUACAACCACUAUACCUAGAGGUAUCUAAAGUACAAGAGGUGACUGUUACGGUUCCAGAGAUUCCAGAGGUAGCAAAAACACCAGAGGUGUCAAAGACACCAGAGGUAUUACCAGAGAUUGUAAAAGCAGCAGAGGUGACACAGGCACCAGAAGUGACAAAAGCACCAGAGGUGAAAAAGGCACUAGAGGUGGUAAAGACACCUGAAGUGAUAAAGCUACUGGGAUUAGCAAAGAUACAGGAGGUGCCAAAAGUGAAGGAAGUGACAAGGUUACCAGAAGUGGUAAAGGUGACAGAGGUGACAAAGGCACCAGAGGUGCCAAGAGUACCUGAGGCGAUAAAAGUGCCAGAAGUGUCAAAGGUACCAGAGGUGGUAAAGGUACGAGAAGUUGCAAAAUCUACUGAAAUAUCAAAACAAACUGUACCUAAGGCUCAAGAACAAAUGCACAUAGCUCUUGAGGUACCAAAAGUAGAACCACUUGUCGCCAAAGUAGAGAAAAAAGAGAAACUUGAAGGAAAAGUGGUAUCGCUUGAUGUGGAAAUGAUGGAAGUAGCUCCAGUCACAGAGAAAAAGUUAGUGCUUGCAGCAGUUGCAGUUGAAAAACCAAAAUUAGAUGAAAGGAUGGAACAGAAGGAGAAGAUCAUGCCUUUAAAUGGUGAUAUUGCUAAGGACGAACAAGCAACGAAAAGACGCGCCAGUGCAGACGUGGAUACUGAGUCUCCGCUCAAAAAGCUGUGCUUAGAAGUCGAAAACACGUUUCCGCAACACGAUUCAAUGAUUAAUGAUUACAUUCAAACAGCUACAAAGAACAACAUAGAUGAAAUACAAAGGCAUACAGAACAACUUCUUGCCGAAAUUCAAACGUUACGAGAGCUAGCUCAAAAGAAAGAACACGAAUGGAACAACAUAUUGCAUUUGAAAAAAGUCAAAGAGGAGAUCCUUCUACGACUCCUAAGACGCAAACAAGUGUUAUCUUUCGAAAAGUCAGCGGAAAUGAACGGCUCCGAACGCACAGAUCCGUUCGACUUUUUAAAUCAAGCGAAGAACCUGGCAAUAGACAAGAGUGAUGAAAUAUCCGGUUUAGCUAUCAAACAGCCGGGUUCCACAAUGAGUCCUAUAGUUCAACCGGUUAUGCCUGUUACAACACAUUUUAAUCCAAUGGCUGUGUUGCCUCCGCCUUAUGAUAAGGCAGCUCAUAUGCAGAAUAUGCCGAAACCUGUAUUUCAGCCCAUGAUGUUGCCCGGUCCCAUGCCUGGGUUCCCUAGAGAUAUGAACGGGCAGCUGCCUAACAGCUACGGCUUGCCGAUGGGUCGGCAAGGGCCUACUAAAGACGUAAAGAGCAUUAUAGCCGAUUAUAGGCAGAGGAACCCUGAUGUGACGCCGCGUAGAGGUCGUAGGAUGAAAUCUUUAUUGAACCCUAAUAUGAUGAACGCUCCUCGGCCUAUAGCACCUAAGCUAGAUAGUAUGAAUAGCCUAAGCAAUCUCAACAUGCUGUUCAAUAACUUGGACAUGAACCAAAAAGCAAUGCUAGAGCGACUCCAACAAAUGCAAGCUGGCAACCUCCCCAACAGUAUAUUCAAAGACGCCCUAGUACAAUUCGCGAACAUGCAACAAGCCACAUCCGGCCUCAUCCCGAACAGAGUCGAAACAGUCACAAAUCGUCAGGAACAUCACAAGGAAAGGCGACGGCCGGAGAGAACACACGAGGAACAUAAACAGCCAGAAAGGCCGUCAACCAGUCCGAGAUUGCCACCUCCACCACCGUAUCCCGAGAUCUCCUUGCUUCCGGUCACUACCAGCCAGGAGACCACUCACACGCAACAACAGAAUUCUUUAUUGCACGGGAUUUUGACUAAGCACGCGCCGGGACAGAGUUACGCUCCGACGUUGGCAAAACUGCUCACGUCGCCCGAGCGGCAGCAGGCGCUGCCCGCCUUCGGUCAGGCCAAGAACUGUGGCGAGAUCACAAUAACUCCGGUGCAGCCGACGCCGCCGCCGCCUGAGCCGCAGCCAGAGAAAACCGAGGAGGUCGUGCAGUUGGACGACGAAGAAAGUGCGGUGUCCGAAGGGGAAGCAUCAGGGUCGCCCCCAGGCUCGGGCUCCGGCCGGCUAGUGAUCGACGAGGGCAACGCUGAAGCGAGCGAGACGCCGCUCUGCCAGGGCUGCCGCCGCCGCGACGCGCAGUUCGUCUGCGCCGGGUGUGCCAAUCAGUGGUACUGCAGCCGUGACUGUCAGGUCGCAGCUUGGGACGAGCACUCGGAAAUGUGCUCCGGAUGAAAGUAAGCGCUACAUAGAAAUAGGACUGUAUGUAUUGUUAAGUUAAGCCAAGCGUCUCAACGCAACGUGUAGAAUUGCCUUAUUAUUACUAUGUCGAUAGGUGAAUCUCUGUAAGUUAUGCUUUCACUGUCUUGACAAGGGAUGGAGCCAUUUUUUUUUCAUAUAUGUGUUUUUUUUAACCUAAGCAUACGUAUGUAAAAUUUCUUUUUUUUUAUUCUUCUAAAAGGCAUUUAAAAAUAGCUGGUAAUACAAAAACAUCGAUAACUCUUUUCCCUAUCAAGCUGGUUUUUCUAUCUGUUUAAAAAAUCAUUGAAUCAAAUUAUAUAAACAAAUAUUUUGUUUCCCUCCUGCUUGGUAUCCGGAAGCGAGAUACGAACAGCGACCUUAGCAGUUACGCCAUAGACACGACAAAAUAUGCGGUUCAUGAAAAAGAGCAGGUACUAAAUUUAGCUGAUAGAAUGCAGCUGCAUUUACGCGCGUGCUACUUCCCACGAGGAUUAAGUUCAAACGCCACACUUGAGAAAAGAAAUAAAGAAAAUAAUUCUUUGAUUUAAACUUCCACAAUUUCACACAUUUGAGUUUUAGUUCUGUACUUAAUCGGGACUAAAACUGCCUCCGUGACCGAACCAUGCUGGCCUGACACGCAGAGGUCC